AUGGCCGUCCCCGAGCACCCCGAGGGCCGAUCUACCCGAGCACCCAACGACGAAAAGCAAGUUCCCAACCAAACCGACUCAACCGAUACCGAAUCUGGCAAGGGUACACUCACCUCAGGCUCCCGAGGGUUUUCGGCAGCUCCCGAUGGCGGCGCCCGCGCGUGGCUCGUCGUCGCCGGGGCAGCCUGCAUCUUCUUCUCGUGCCUGGGCUUCAUGAACUCGUUCGGCGUCUUUCAGGAAUACUACAUGGCGAACCAGCUGCGCCACCAUUCCCCCGACGACGUCGCCUGGAUCGGCUCGCUGACGGCCUUCCUCCAGUUUGCCGGCGGCGCCCUCGCCGGCCCCAUGUUUGACCGCUUUGGCGCCUGGGUCAUCCGCCCGGGGGCCGUGCUCUACGUCUUUGCCCUCAUGAUGAGCAGCAUCUGCAAGGAAUACUGGCAGUUUAUGCUGGCGCAGGGCGUGCUGGCCGGGUUUGCCAUGAGUAUGCUGCAAGUUCCUGCGUUCGCGGCCGUGUCGCAGUAUUUUGAUAAGAAGCGUGGCGCCGCACUGGGACUGGUCGUUUCCGGCAGCUCGAUCGGAGGGGUUAUUUUCCCCAUUGCGCUGUCCAAGAUGCUGAACGGAUCCACACUUGGGUUCGGUUGGUCGGUGAGGGUGAUGGCGUUCGUGGUUACUCCGCUGCUGGCGUUUUCCUCUUUCGCUGUGACAUCGAGGUUGCCGCCGAGGAAAACAAGCUUCUUCAUCAUGUCGGCGUUCAGGGAGGCCAGGUUCAUGAUGCUUAUCGUUGCCGCAUUCUGCUGCUUCAUCGGCAUGUAUACACCGCUGUUCUACAUUCCGACAUACGCCGUUUCCAGGGGCAUGGAGCGUACGCUGGCGUCAUACCUGUUGGCCAUCGUCAACGCCGCCUCGACGUUCGGGCGGAUCAUCCCCGGCAUAUUGGCCGACAGGUUCGGCAGGCUCAAUGUCUUUGGCCUAGGUGCCUUGCUCACGGGCAUUAUUGUUCUCUGCAUGAACACUGUUGUCAGCACGGCAGGGUUGAUCGUCUACUCCGUCUUCUUCGGCUUCACAUCUGGCACCAUCAUCUCGGGUGCAUCCGCUGCACUCUCGAUCUGCACCGACGAUGCUCAAAAGCUCGGCACUUACAUGGGCAUGGGCAUGGCACUGGCAUCCACGGCGUCUCUGGUUGGGCCGCCGGUGAACGGUGUGUUGCUGGACACAUAUGGAGGAUUCCUUCAGCCGGCCAUUUUCAGCGGCGUUAUCUGUUUGGCUGGGGGCGUCCUGGCGGUUGCCACCAAGGUUACAACGCCGAAGGGUCUUUUUGGCAGGGCCUAG